AUGUCCCUCGUGGUCGUUGGCAUUACCAGCUCCUUUGCGGUGAUUGCCCAUGCCUGGGCUGGCAACGUCGACUGGAAGGUGGGUGGCAUCUUCGGCAUCGCCGGGAUGGCCGGGGCGUAUGUGGGAGGGAUCCUGGCCGGGUUUGUGCCCGAGCAUGUCUUGCUCUGCCUCUUCGCGCUCAUGACCCUGGCAACGGCGAUAGCAAUGCUUUACAAGGACAGCAGAAGUCCUCCGUCUGCAUAUCAGCCCAUCGCAAACGACUCUAACGAGGAAGCGCAGCUAAGCAAAGGCGAGAAGGAUUCGGACAACUCGGAUGCCGAGAAUUUCGUCAAGUUGGAAGACUUGCCUUUGUGGCACAUCGUCGUGGAAGGUUUUGUGGUGGGCCUCGUCACGGGGAUGGUUGGUGCCGGUGGUGGCUUCCUGGUAGUGCCUGCCUUGACCCUCAUGGCCGGUCUACCCAUGUCAUCUGCGAUUGGCACAUCCCUGAUGGUAAUCGCGAUGAAGUGCCUUGCUGGCUACAUUGGCCAUGCCAGUCAUGUGGCUAUCGAUGUGAAACUGACUUUGAUCGUCUCUGCGAGCGCCGUUCUCGGAAGCUUCCUGGGAGGCUAUCUGACUGAGUUCCUGGCGCCAAGCGUGCUGCGUAAGUCCUUUGCGAUUUUCGUGCUGACUAUCGGCUGCCUGCAGCUGUGGAAGGAAUCCAGCUGCUCCUUGAGGGCCACGAAGACGUGGUCAGGGAGUUUGGCAAACAUGGCCAGAGAUCAGCACGACCUGAACGGCCGUGAAGAUGCCAAAUAUGAUAGCGAUCCCCAUCUGACAGGCCUCCGCCUCUUCCGCCCGGCCAUGGCUCCCUGGGGCCCCAUGCCGCCGAUCUGCCUCGACCGCAACGGUUUUCCGAGCUACGAUGCCGAGGAAGCCGAGAGGCAGCUAAGAAGAGCCGAGAAGGCCGCCAAGAAGGAGGAGCAGAGGAGGCGUAAGGAGGAAGAUGAAAGAGAGAAGCAGAAGGUCUGGGAGGACCAUCCUGCUCGUAUGGCGCAGAAGCCGGUCUCCCGAGUUCCGGAGCACUCCAGAUCGAGGUCAGCUGAGGGAUCUCGUCCUCGGAAGGCCGCUGAAGCAGAAAAGCGCCGGAAACGCUCCAG